UUGGUCCUUUUAACGAUCUGCAGAGAGAGGAAACAUGAUGCCAAGGACUGUCCUAUCCAGAUGCGCGCGUUUGGCGAAGAAUGUGCCUUUGGAAUGCGCGCGGUUCACCAAACACAGCGUCCACCGCGGGAUAUCCUCCGUGACUAUCCCUCCACCGGCCUGCAUGUUCCGGCCGCUCGAAGCUCCAUUCCGGUACCUGUUUGGACCAGGACCCUCCAAUGUGCCGCCUCGUGUUUUAGCGGCAGGAGGGAGACCUAUAAUAGGUCAUAUGCACUCGGAAAUGUUUGAGAUUAUGAAUGAUAUCAAGAAAGGAGUCCAGUAUGCUUUUCAAACCAAUAACAACAUGACUCUGGUCAUGAGUGGCUCUGGCCACACGGCGAUGGAAUGUGCGGUGUUCAACAUUGUGGAGCCUGGAGAAAGUGUUCUCGUUGCCAUCAAUGGAAUCUGGGGAGAACGAGUUGCAGAAAUCGCUGAGCGGAUGGGUGCAAAGGUUCACACCUUGGUAAAAACACCUGGAGGACAUUUUACAACUGCAGAAAUUGAACAGGCUUUGGCUAAACAUAAGCCUGUUCUCUUCUUUCUCACACAUGGAGAGUCAUCAGCUGGUCUGGUGCACCCAAUGGACGGCAUUGGUGAAAUGUGUCACAAAUACAACUGUUUGCUCUUAGUGGAUUCCGUGGCAUCCUUGGGAGCUGCACCACUUUUAAUGGACCAACAAAAUAUUGAUAUUCUGUAUACUGGAUCCCAAAAAGCCUUGAAUGCUCCACCCGGCACAGCACCAAUUUCAUUUAGCGAAAGAGCAUGCCACAAGAUGUUUAACAGGAAAACAAAGCCAGUAUCCUACCUCCUUGAUAUGACUUACUUAUCCAAUUACUGGGGCAAUGAUGGAAAGCCAAACAGAAUAUAUCAUCACACAGGACCUGUGUCUGGGUUCUUUGCCCUGAGAGAAAGUCUAGCCAUCCUUGCUGAAACGGGUCUUGAGAACUCAUGGAGGCAUCAUAGAGAAGUUGCAGAGUAUCUUUGGAAAGGCUUGGAAGACCUGGGCUUGAAGCUGUUCAUCAAGGACAAGGAUUUGAGAUUACCCUCAGUAACCACCAUUGCGAUCCCUGAGGGAUAUAACUGGAAGGAAUUGCUGGCUUACAUCAUGAAGCAUCACCAAAUAGAGUUUACAGGAGGUCUAGGGCCCUCUGUUGGCAUGGUAAUACGGAUUGGACUCAUGGGAUACAACUGCAACAAAGCCAAUGCUGCGAAGGCUCUUACAGCUCUGGAAGACGCUUUAAAGCAGUGUCGAAAGACCAACGCCUAAAGGCAACAUGUUUACCUGUUAAUUUUUGCAAUUUCUUAUGGUGAUGCUUAUAGUGUGGAUAUUACACAUUAAUGUAAAGGAAGAGCUAAUAUAUAUGAUGUUUUCAUAAUGGCUGGUAUAAUGGAGAAGAAUUUUAAAUUGUGCCUCAAUAUAUCAAACAAAACCAGCUGUUUUGAACAGUGUUUCUCAAUGUCACUCCAUCACUUGAAUGACCUUCAGAAAAACAUUACUGAGAAAUAAAUCAUUCAUACAAAUUCAA